AAAAAUAAUUCAUAAACGAGUUCGAAAAUCACAUAAACGAUAGAUGACUCCAUAUUUCAUAUUGCGCGGCACAAUGUUGGUUUACUGAUAUACUAUAGACUUCUUUGAUUUCAAUAGCCUUUGAGUCUUGCCUUGUGUUUAAAUUAUUAAUCAAUCGCAGACGGUCUUGUUACGGGUUAUCGUGCUUUUUUGGUUCAAGGUUGUGAACUCAUAUCCUAGAGAAUGGCCGACCAGUUAACAGAGGAACAGAUUGCUGAGUUUAAAGAAGCAUUUUCCUUGUUUGAUAAAGAUGGUGAUGGUACAAUCACCACUAAAGAAUUAGGUACAGUCAUGCGCUCUUUGGGGCAGAACCCUACAGAAGCUGAACUGCAAGAUAUGAUCAAUGAAGUAGAUGCUGAUGGUAAUGGUACAAUUGACUUCCCUGAGUUCUUAACAAUGAUGGCCAGAAAGAUGAAGGAUACAGACAGUGAAGAAGAGAUUCGAGAGGCAUUCCGCGUUUUUGACAAAGAUGGAAAUGGAUUCAUAUCUGCUGCUGAACUCCGACAUGUAAUGACCAACUUGGGCGAAAAGUUAACUGAUGAUGAGGUCGAUGAAAUGAUACGCGAAGCUGAUAUAGAUGGUGAUGGUCAAGUAAAUUAUGAAGAAUUCGUGAAAAUGAUGACAGCGAAAUGAGAAUACUAAAAUAAUACAUCAAAACUAAACAUUCUCAUCACACUUUCAGCUGAAUGCUCAUUUUGAGCAAAAGAAUGUCUGUAAAGCAAUUUUGUGAUUGGCGUGUUGAGUCGCCCAUUGUAUACGCAUGUUUUGUUUACGAACUACGUAACUGAUUAUACUGUUUGAGUUUUUAAUGCUCUGGGCUAUUUUUUGUCUGUUUUUCCCCCAGAAAAUUCAAAAUGUAUGCCCCCACUUAAAACAACAAUAAAGCCCUUACUGCUCACUUUUUGCAUAUAUAUAUAAGCCUUAUUUCUUUAGGCUUUCUAUGUGAUGUUGAAUUAAUCUAUGUUAAGAUUUUUCCGUAGACAGUAAUUAUUGUUUGUGCUAUACGUUUUCACGAUUCUUUCGUUCGCUUGGGAUAUUACAUAGGUCUUUAAAGUUUCUAAAUCAACCAUCUAAAAAAUUUUGUGUCGAAUAUAGAAAUUUUGAUUCGUAUUUUUCAUUUUCCGAUAAAGCUAGAGUAGUAAUUAUUGUAGUUUAAAAAGGUAGUAGAAUGAAAGUCUUUUGUGUUAUGUACCACAUCGUUUCACAGGAAGAUUUAAGGGUCUUUCGAUGAUUCAAGUUGAGCGUUAACGGUUUAUUCUUGUAGUGACAGUAAUUCACACUACCUAGGUCGGCUUAACUUUAGUAUGCAAUGCUAUUUUUACCUAUUUAAGUACAAAUUAAUUUGAGAAAUCCCUUCCUGUCACACUAUUAUCUCAUCCUUCGUUUUUUUUUACAAAUGAUAAUGCAUGCAUAUGUCGUAUUUGUUUAUUUUUCCGAGUAUAAUUCGUUGAUUGGUUUACCUAUUUUGUUUGGGAAAAAUGUAGUACGUGGUAGUUUUGUGGUAGAUGUCAACUUUGGGGAUAUUCUCUGUUAUAAUUGCCUAUUCCUAUUUUCAGAAUUUGUUACAAUGAUGACGACAAAGUAACCCGAACUAGUUUAUACAAAACAUUAUCAUUCCUGGUAUCUCCACUAGAAGAAGUGAAUUACCGUCGCCAAAAAACUUCGUACACGUUAAGACACUUGUUGACAGUGACUUGUAGGAAAGCCUGAUUUAUAUAUAUAAAUAUAUACAUAUGUAUACGCAUGUCAUCUUGUCAUUUUCACACGUUUCCUUGAUUAACUUUACCCCUCCACACACAUACGUUUCCUCGCUUUACCAUCUCACGAGGUAAUUGUUCACGUUCAUUCUUUACGUCUUACAUUAUUACGAUUUAUUCUUUUAAACAUCUUUAGUUAUUUUACUCAUCAGAUGUUUGUGGUGAGAAUGGUUUUCCUUUUUUCCUCUUAAAUUUUACUUUCCCUUGCUCUUUGCAUUCCAAUGAUUGAGUUUGUUACUGUGCCAUGACGUUAUUGGUGUAUAUGCAUAUUUCUUUGUUUUUCUAUCCCCUAAAAGAAACUGUACUAUUUUCCUCUUAAUAUAAUGUCUGAUUAUUGCAUUAAUGAAAAAAGAAUGAAUAACAUUUUAACUGUUGAAAUGUGCACUAUAAUCCUUCCUGAAAUAAGUCCAUUAAUGAAAUCAGUUUGCUCACUUAUAUCUUUCUUCUCUAAAAUCCUAAUAUUUGUUUCACCAUUAAAAGGUUUUUUAAAUUGGUUUAUCCAUUCCUGGGAGCUAAGUAGUAAUUUUAUUAGUGAAUGAAACUUAAAGCAGUUAACAAAUAAUUUUGUCAAAGCUUUUCCAAAUAGUUCAUUUCAAUUGUCACAUCUCAUCAGGUAGGUCUCAUUAUCAGGCUAAAAAUGUUGUCACGUUAAUGCUUUGCUGAAUGAAAACCCAUUAAUUCAGUAGAUAAUAAUCGCUAAACAGUCAGUUGAAUAGAUGUUAUUCGAAGCUAUUGUGUUGUUAAAUGGGACUAUGUCUACUUAGCGCGAUUCAUGCGAAUUAUUUUCAUUGAAUCAGGUUUAUAUGUUCCUCUUUAAAAUAUAACUGGUAGUUACAAUGCUUUAAUUCUGUUUCAAGCGGUCACCACUACCACAGCUUCACAUGUAGGAUCACGUGUCCCAAUUGAUAAGUAUUACAUAAAAUCACAUCUCGAUCUAAAUUUGGUUUACGAUUUUAGAGUAAUCAGUAACUGUUGAUGAGUUUUUGAUUGUUAACAUAGGGUUUUAUUUGUUUGUUCCAUAAAUUUCUACUGUGGACAGUUUCUGUCCAAUAUUUAGUAACAUGACUAUUUCUAGUCAGUUUUAGCAUGGUUGUUUGGUAUUGCAUGUUCACUUUGCUUCGUGGACCUUGUUUUACAUCAUUGCCAGUUGUAACAGUUUUUCCGUUUGUUUUUUAAUAUAUACGCAAAGUGUCAAAAGCUUAUUUUAACCAGAGUAAUUUCUGUAUAAGAAAAUUGAAAGAUAUCCACUUAUUGAAUUUAUCAUGAAGGUUCAAAUCGCUAUGCAUUACUUUGUAAAUGACUUGAGGGGACCUCGAUGAAAUCUAGUCAUGUAAUUUAAUGUGAACAGGGAUUUCGAUUUACUCGCUUUUGAGGUACUCGUGCUUCUGUCUUCGAAUAUUGUUCGCUGAAAGUCAAAGUGUUUUUUUCUUAAAUAAUAAAUUAAGCUUUUUAAACCGAAAUUGUCUAAUAUUUUUUAUGCGUACUCAAAGGCACUAUUUUUGUGCAAUGAAUAUACUUAAUAACCAAUCGUCGAUCUAUUCAUUUUUAUGUAUUGUACUGUAUAACGUCAAUACAAUGCAUUGCAUUACUUAGACUUCUUCGUUAAAACUACAAAUCUCAUGUUUCUAUUAACCUUUUUAAUGAUGUGGUGUUAAGGUAAUCUGUCAGCAUAAGGAUUUCCACUUCAUCUCAUUUUUGAAAACUUAAACUUGUUCAUCAUAGCGAUAUGGGAUAGUUAAUCGCGUCUAAUAUUCCAUCGGUUCCAAAAAUUAGAUUUCUUAGGAUUUAAAGUGUUUAGUUUAGUGUAAAUAUAUUAAGGUAUGUGAUCCAAAAGUGUUGACAGUCCGUUAGAUCACUAUGUUGUAAUUAGUUUGUGCCUAUUUUAACAACUUCCUAGGUCAAUCGGUUGCUGCCGUAUUGAGAUUUUGUUGCUGUUUUAGUGAUUCAUUAAGAUCCCAUUCCGUUGAUUUCAUUUUGAUAUGGGCACCAGAAAAUUAGAUUUAGGUCCCAAAUGAGUCACGGAGUAAAUCAAUUGAAUAUUUAGUACGAUGUAUUUUAAUAUAGUAAUUGUCCACUUGUCUGUACUAUAGGUGUAGUUCGUUUCCUAUGAUUAUAUUUUAUCAGAUCGCUUGGUCUGUUUCGAGAAGAAAACUACCAUUAACACAGUAGUUACUUUUUUGACGCUAUAGUUCCGUGUUGUGUUAUCAUGCGUAAUUAAUAUUUAACCGUUUAUAAGGUACAUAAAUCUCUGUGAUGUGGAUCGCGAUGUAUCUUGUUUAAAUUGUAAAUUACAAAAAGCUAUUGCUAGCUAGAGUGGUACGUGAGUUCUACAGCAUUAAGAACUUGCUAACGAGUAUCUUUCACCAAACAAUCACCUUUUGGUUUUGUUCAACAUUUGAAUAAAAAUUAUACGUUUCCCUCUUCUAUUCAUCACUUACCAGUGGCUAAGAGAUUACCAAUGCUUUAUUGACGGAGUUUGUGUACUUAAGGUGCUUUUUUGUUCUAGCGGCGAUAAACAUCUCUAAGUUUGGCGGGAGGUAUGUAUUUCAGAC